UAAUUUAUAAUUAAUAAAGUAAAUAUAAUAUAGUACUAGUCAAUAUUAUAUGUUCUAGAGCUUACUCCCAUUAGGUUGCAUUAUUUUGCAUCAACCUUUCUAGAUGUAUACAACUUGUUUUUGUAAUAAUAAUAUAUUCAUGUCCGAUUAUGAUUUUUAGGUAUAAUUUAAUUUAAAUUUAUUAUUUUUCACAAUAUUUGUCAAUAUACAUCUGCAUUGUUUCAAUACAAUUUGUACCUAAUUUGAUAUAUAUUUUGUGAUGAGAAUCAAUCAAAUUCUUCGUCUCUAUGGUAUACAUUAUUGGAAUACACUGCAAGGUUUUAGAGCAUAUAGCAAAGUAUUGGGCAUUGAGACUAGCUGCGAUGAUACUGGCUGUGCAAUUGUGGAUAGUGACAGGAAUAUCCUUGGAGAAUGCUUACAAUCUCAACAACAAAUACACCUUGAUUUUGGGGGCAUAAUUCCACCAGUAGCCAGGGAUUUGCACAAGCAAAACAUUAACAAUGUUGUAACUGAAGCAUUACAACAGGCUCAAGUUAGUUUAAAUGAAUUAGAUGCCAUUGCUGUUACUGUGAAACCAGGCCUACCUUUAUCACUGUUAGUUGGUAUGAAUACUGCAAAAGAAUUGAGUAAAAUAUCACGUAAGCCAUUGAUACCAAUUCACCACAUGGAAGCUCAUGCUCUAACUGCUAGAUUAGUUGAUAAAAAUUUAAAAUUACCAUUUGUGGUCUUACUUUUAUCUGGUGGACAUUGUUUAUUAGCUGUCGUAAACAAAAUAAAUGAAUUUUUAUUGCUUGGGCAAUCUAUUGAUGAUGCUCCUGGUGAAGCAUUAGACAAAGCUGCUAGACGACUUCAGUUAAAAAAUAUGAAAGAAUUCAGAUAUUGUUGUGGAGGUCAAGCAAUUGAAAAGGCAGCUAUGAAAGGUGAUCCUAAAGCUUUUGAUUUAGGAACAUUCAUGACAAAUUAUAAAGACUGUAAUUUUAGUUACUCUGGCCUAAAGAAUGCUGUAAGAAUGCAAAUUUUAAAAUCAGAAAAAAAACAUGAACUAAAAGGAGAUGAAAUUAUCCCAGAGGUUUAUGAUUUAUGUGCUAGUUUUCAAUAUGCUAUUACUAAACAUAUAUGUACUCGAUUACAAAGAGGUUUUGAAUUUAUUGAUCGAACAAAACUCUUACCAGAAAUAAACCGAACAUUGGUAGUAUCUGGUGGUGUAGCUAGUAAUAUGUUCAUACGAAAACAUCUGAAUCUUGUAUGUGAUAAUAUGAAUUUUAAAUUAGUAGUACCACCUCCUAGACUUUGUACAGAUAAUGGAAUAAUGAUUGCGUGGAAUGGCAUUGAAAAAUUUAAUGAAAAUUUAGAUAUUUACACUUACGAUAAUUUAGAUAAAGUUGAUAUACAAUCAAAAGCACCACUGGGGAAGAACAUUUCACAACAAGUUACAGACAUGGGAAUAAGAUGUCCUUCAGGUUUUUUUAAUAAAUUAUUUGAGCAGAAUAAAUAAAUAUAUUUAUAUACUUA